GUUAAACGUAACUCACAUUUCUAACCAUGUUUUGUUAAAUGAUACACAUGUCUAUGCGUUAUUAUAUUAUUUUGCGGGUAUCAUUCGUACAGCAGAGUGGACCCCUCCCCUCGGGGAGGACACGGAGCUGAAAAGGGAGCGCGGGGGCACAGAGCGCGCACUCCUCAGCAGACACGAGCACACACGCGCUGCUUGAGACAAGCGGAGGGACACAACCUGCAUCAUCCCCCGGUGUAAACAGGAAAUGCACCUGAAAUAAGUGCGCUGCUUCACCUGUGACUGUCGCGUGGAACAUGUGGAGAUACAGCCAGCUGUUCGCCUGCCUGCUGCUUCUGUGUGAGGAGGCGUCUUCUCAGAGCAAGAUCUUUGGGGAGACUGAGCCAGUGCGGAUGACGUCGGAGGGCUCCGACUGCCGCUGUAAGUGCAUCAUGCGCCCUCUGACCAAGGACGCCUGCUUGCGCCUGCGCAGCGGCAGUGUGCGGGUGGAGGAUUUCUACACAGUAGAGACCGUGAGCUCCGGGUCGGACUGUAAGUGCUCAUGCACGGCCCCGCCGUCCUCCCUCAACCCCUGUGAGAAUGAGUGGAAGAUGGAGAAGCUGAAGAAACAGGCCCCCGAGCUACUAAAGCUCCAAUCUAUGGUGGACCUCUUGGAGGGAACACUUUACAGCAUGGAUCUAAUGAAGGUCCACUCGUACAUCAACAAGGUGGUGUCUCAGAUGAACAACCUGGAAGAGACAAUUAAGACGAACCUUACGCGAGACAACGAAUUUGUUCGAGACAGCAUGAUGAGCCUCACCAACCAAUUUAAGAGAUAUGAGAACUACUCCAACGUUAUGAUGAGCAUCAAGAAGGAGAUCUCCAGCCUCAGCCUGCAGCUGCUACAGAAAGACUCCUCCGAGAGCAGAACACAGGACACCAAUGAUGAGAAAGCAAAAGAGACUUUAAAAGUACCCAACAAAAAGACCACUGCAGCCAAACUUUUGCCCAAACCACCCAAAGAAAAAGUUGUAAAGCCCAAGAAGGAGGUUAUUAAACCUGGGAAGCCGGCCAAGCCUGAUCCCACAGCCAAAGCCAAGGUGGCUAGCCACCAGGCCGGCGUGGUAAGGGGCAUCACCUACUACAAGGCGGCCAAGACCGACGAGGAUGAGCACAGAGGAGAAGACCAUGUCAGAACAAAACCAGUCCAUCACAGCACUGAAAACCAGUCCAAUGAUGGAGGAGCUGAAAUGGUCCUUGAAACCAUGGAGGCCAACGUAGCUGAACCCACUGUCACCACUGCUGUUCCCAGUACUACAACUACUACUACUACGACCACCCCCACAACCAACGCCACUACUACACCCACCACUACCACUACCACACAAAAUACACCAGCAUCGGAUAGACCGGCUCCAACCAUUAUACUGGUGCUGGACAACUCCAACAACAAUAGCCGGCCACUUCUCCACAGAGCAGGAAAUAUCUUAAACUGUGAAGGGACUCUAGCAUCCAUUGAGCAGCCAGAGAAGCAGCACAGCUAUGGGCGCAACGAGGGAGCCUGGAUGAAGGAUCCUCUGGCUAAAGACUCCAAAAUCUAUGUCACUAACUAUUACUAUGGCAACAACUUAGUGGAGUUUCGCAGCCUGGACAACUUCAAGCAAGGCCGAUGGAGCAACCUCUUCAAACUUCCGUACAACUGGAUCGGCACAGGCCAUGUGGUUUAUAAUGGAGCCUUCUACUACAACAGAGCCUUCACCAAGAAUAUCAUCAAGUAUGAUCUGAGGAUGCGAUAUGUGGCGGCCUGGACACUGCUGCAUGACGUGGUUUACGAGGACACCACCCCCUGGAAAUGGAGGGGCCACUCGGACAUUGACUUUGCUGUGGACGAAAGCGGCCUGUGGGUGAUCUACCCGUCCACGGACUACGACUACAGCCAGCAAGAGGUGAUCGUCAUCAGUAAACUGGAUCCUGGAGACCUGUCGUUAAAAAAAGAGACAACCUGGAGGACAGGUCUCAAGCGGAACUCUUACGGAAACUGCUUCAUCAUCUGUGGUGUCUUGUAUGCCGUCAAUGUGUACAACCAGAGGGAAGGUGAGGUGAACUUUGCUUACGACACCCACACCAACACUGACGCUAUCCCACGUCUGCCCUUCACCAAUGAGUACUCCUUCACCACCCAGAUUGACUACAACCCCAAGGAGAAGGUUUUGUAUGCCUGGGACAAUGGCCAUCAGCUAAUUUAUCGGGUAAACUUUCUGGACCAGUAAGCUCAGCUCGUUUGUGCUGCAGCUCACUGAAGGCCUUCCAGUGUGGCUCCAAGAUAGAAAGAUGCAGCCAUUUUGGACUCAGGAGAUAAGUUGAACCUACACAAGCCUUCCAGCACCAAAGCUCGCCAUUCAAACACCUGACCUCACAGUGUACCAAACAUUCAUUAUGCCUCGAGAUGUGACUGUACAAUAUAUCAAUAGAAUGGUCAGCCAACAGUAAAAACAAUCUCACAGGUUGAGUUAAAGCUCAUCGAGCUUUUUAAAACAGAGACUUUAUACGUUCAUUCAGGACAUGUUAGCAGGCUGGCUUACUAGCAUAUAGAUAGUUUAAAUAAGGCAUUUUAUGUUAACACAUGACAGUGUUUUUGUAUACAAUAACUCUUUAAUGUACAUAUGGGCACUUGAGUGAAAUAGCCAUCACCAUGUCAGAACUAAUCAAACUCUUAUUUACUCACUGCAAUAAUACAAGAUAUGACAUGCCACUUAUAUGUGGGAUCAGGCUUUAUUGGUAAAACAUGUCGGAUUAUAAUGGCACAGCUGUAAUAAUAAUAAUAAUCUGCAUUAAUGGAUUAAUGCAUGAAAGCACUGAUGACGAGACCAUUGAUGCUGAUCCGCAAGUGUGACUUCAGUUCCCGCUCUUUUGGUUGCUUACUUCUACUAGCAUCUAGUUGGAGGAAGUGUAGCAUAGGAAAUGUGCUUUUACCUUCAGUAUUACCUUCAAAACCCUUGGUUUGAAGUUUGACUUUUAAGUGGCCUACAUACAGUACAGCCAGUGUUAUUUGGCCCCGCCCCCCAGCAUUUAACUCAACCAAGGAGAUUUGUUCUGCCUCCCCAGUGGUUAUCCUUGUAUAAAACCAAAUUGUCACCUGUUGGUACACAUGCCCAUCUACUCCAUCCUAACACUGAGCACUUCGUCAUGAAUCUGCUUGGAUUCUUUUCCCGGCCUCAUGGCACUUUCCGUCUCUUUAACAUUGAUGUUUUUAAAGGAUGUAUCAAAUAUGAACUAAAAAAAAAAAGAAAAA